GCAACGUGUCCCUGUGCUGUUGACUGGGAAGCCCCUAGCACGGAGCUGCCAACGCCCGGCGUAGAGACUCAAUAGAGAAUACGAUCUUGAAUGAAUAGUGAAGACUGUAAAACACAGCUAUGCAGACCAUCAAGUGUGUUGUAGUUGGAGACGGUGCUGUGGGUAAAACCUGCCUGCUCAUCUCUUACACUACAAACAAGUUCCCCUCUGAAUAUGUACCUACGGUGUUUGAUAACUAUGCUGUAACUGUAAUGAUUGGAGGAGAACCCUACACCCUGGGCCUGUUUGACACAGCAGGUCAGGAAGACUAUGACAGGUUACGUCCUCUGAGUUAUCCCCAGACAGAUGUCUUCCUCGUCUGUUUUUCAGUUGUGUCUCCAUCCUCCUUUGAAAACGUCAAAGAAAAGUGGGUUCCAGAGAUCACCCACCACUGUCCAAAGACACCCUUCCUUCUAGUCGGGACUCAGAUCGACUUGCGGGAUGACCCUUCAACUAUAGAGAAGCUGGCCAAGAACAAGCAAAAGCCAAUCACCCCAGAGACAGCCGAGAAGCUGGCCAGAGACCUCAAGGCUGUGAAAUAUGUGGAGUGUUCAGCCCUCACACAGAAAGGCCUAAAGAAUGUGUUUGAUGAGGCGAUAUUGGCUGCAUUGGAGCCCCCAGAGCCCAAGAAGAAACGCAAAUGUGUGCUGCUAUGAGGGGCUCCCACCUAAUCAACACACACACACACACUCAUACACUCAUCUUACACCCACGCCACACACCAACCCCCUUCUCCUGCCCCUCCACACACACCCCUGUUCCUUGCUCUGCUAAGGCUGAUUGACAACAUUGUUCUCCACAGGGAGACAGAAACCAGCCGACAAAGUUUCAGAUAAUUCUCUGCAAUAAUAAGAAGCUUCAGCGCCUCCUGUCCCAGUUUGGGACAGAAGACCAACCUUCAGUGGCCGACGGGCUGCUAUGGGCUCAGGGCUGGGCACCACAUCCUCGGACGCUAAUCCAGAACACCAAGCUUCCACACAAGUAGAAAUCCUCAGACAGCUUGAUGUGACGCAGCCUAAUCGAGUCAUUUAGCUGAUUUUCAGCCAACACGAGGGUUUCAUGGAUAUAAAUCCCUGCCCCAGCCCCUCCCAGCCGCCUGAUUGGUGGCUGCUCAUGCUGCUGUUCCUGUCGCCUCCUUUGACGAGCACACUCAUCACCCAACCACCUUUUGUUCUUUCUCAACGCUACCACCAGAUAUGCUAACAGAGUAGUGCUUUUCUGUUUUUGUUUGCCAACCAACCCCCUCCUUUUUUUUUCUUUUUCUCCUUCAAACACAAGUCUGAGAUAUUUAUUCCAUGUUCCAAAUCGACGCGCUCAUCACUGCAACGGACCUUGUGUAGGUGUAACAGCGUUGGGUCAUUUAUAGCAACACAGUUAUAGCUCUGCACAGCUGCCUGGAGGACGAUAUGGAGCUGGUCGUCAUCGCUCACCAGUACGCACCAGUGUGCAGACUCCACGCUGCAGAGUCGCAGUCCAUUUGGAACGUGGCAACCACUUGAAGAGAUAAAGGCAUCCAGUAGCAAAGGGUCCGCCAGUCGACCACAAGAAUUGGCCUUUUAGAUGCAGGGAACUUAAACAGUGUUAGCAGAACAAGCGGUGUAAUCUUCAUGCGUUGUCAGGGACCAAGAGAGGGCGACGCAGGACACCGUUGUAUCGUUGUCGUCACCUUGCACUCAGAACGGGUACAGCAGAGACUUCGGUGUAAAUAAACCUACCGAAGCUGUGGUUCCAUAAUGGUAGCAACUCAUCACGGCCAAUAAUGGAGUCAUUUAGGCUGUUUAGACGUAAUAAAGCCGGUAUAUUAUUAUAUGCUGGCGGAAACUGGCUCUGUGCUGGUGGAAACUGGUUCUGUGCUGGUGGAAACUGGCUCUGCGCUGGUGGAAACUGGUUCUGCGCUGGUGGAAACUGGCUCUGCGCUGGUGGAAACUGGCUCUGUGCUGGUGGAAACUGGCUCUGUGCUGGUAGAAACUGGUUCUGUGCUGGUGGAAACUGGUUCUGUGCUGGUGGAAACUGGUUCUGUGCUGGUAGAAACUGGUAACUGGUUCUGUGCUGGUGGAAACUGGUUCUGUGCUGGUGGAAACUGGUUCUGUGCUGGUAGAAACUGGUAACUGGUUCUGUGCUGGUGGAAACUGGUUCUGUGCUGGUGGAAACUGGCUCUGUGCUGGUAGAAACUGGUAACUGGUUCUGUGCUGGUGGAAACUGGUUCUGUGCUGGUGGAAACUGGUUCUGUGCUGGUGGAAACUGGUAACUGGUUCUGUGCUGGUGGAAACUAGUAACUGGUUCUGUGCUGGUGGAAACUGGUUCUGUGCUGGUGGAAACUGGUAACUGGUUCUGUGCUGGUGGAAACUGGCUCUGCGCUGGUGGAAACUGGCUCUGCGCUGGUGGAAACUGGCUCUGUGCUGGUGGAAACUGGCUCUGUGCUGGUGGAAACUGGCUCUGUGCUGAUAGAAACUGGCUCUGUGCUGAUGGAAACUGGUUCUGUGCUGGUGGAAACUGGCUCUGUGCUGGUGGAAACUGGUUCUGUGCUGGUGGAAACUGGCUCUGGGCUGGUGGAAACUGGCUCUGUGCUGGUAGAAACUGGCUCUGUGCUGGUGGAAACUGGUUCUGUGCUGGUGGAAACUGGUUCUGUGCUGGUGGAAACUGGCUCUGUGCUGGUGGAAACUGGCUCUGUGCUGGUAGAAACUGGCUCUGUGCUGGUGGAAACUGGUUCUGUGCUGGUGGAAACUGGCUCUGUGCUGGUGGAAACUGGCUCUGUGCUGGUGGAAACUGGCUCUGUGCUGGUGGAAACUGGUUCUGUGCUGGUGGAAUUUGGCUCUAUGCUGGUGCUUAACUUUAAAAUAAAACAAAGAAAAAUAACUGAUUCAGACAUGUAAAAAUAAAUUAUAUUAAUGGCAAGUUAUUAACAUUUUCAGCUUUAUUACAUUUAAAAUGACCAAACUGAUGAGAUAAAGUGUUGCUGCACAUGUUAGUGGGAUCAGAGAAAACGAGCUUCCACCAGAUUUUUGUGGCGGGUCAGACUUUGGUGCCUUCCAGUCACGUAGUGAUGAGCUUCUGUUGUACCCGUCCAGACUGUGCGGUGGUGCGUAGCCAAGUCUUGGUCUCUGCUCUAAAUAACUGAUGUAAUUAUAAUGUAAGCUGGCACACAGUGUCGAUGUAGACUCCGGGUGUUUUACCAAAAUCUUUUUUUCUUCAUUAUUUCUGUUUGUGCUGUUUUUUUGUAUUAUUAUUAAAUAUAUAUAUAAAUAUAUAAAGAUAUAAAAAGGUUACUUUCACUCCUUUUACAUUUAGGGGUCGGAACUCAUCUGAACUCUUACCUGCCAGUUUGUACCAAGAAAACCUCUGAUUGGGUUAGCUGAAUUAAAAACCUCCAAUGGCAGAGAGACUGUUUGCUAGUGAUUAUUUGUGAUUGGUUGGUUCUUGUUUUUCUUUACUGGUGGCUUAGAGUUGGGUCGAUAUCCAGCCCAAGUCAGUAUGAUGAUUAUAACCUGUUGUUAUUUUGGUGCAAAACCAAAUGCUUUGUCUAAAGUCUUUGUUCUUUGUAUAUGCAUUCUUUUAAAAAAUAUUAAACUUAUACCUUAAUUGCC